AAAUAAAUUAUUAAUAUCAUCACACUAUUUCAUCUUUAAAUAGCGACUUCAACAGCCAAGAUAGCAGCACUACUAUCUCUACCAAUUUGUUGGAUAACAUAUUCUUUGCAUUCCUUUAUAAGCAUGCAAUUCAGCAGCUUAAUCUCUUUUCACCUUUUAGUGCUGCAAUGCCUGUGCUAUUUAUGCCUAGUUCAGAGCCACGAUUUUCUCUUCUUUGUCCAAAUGUGGCCUGGAGCAUAUUGCGACACAAAGAGAACUUGCUGCUAUCCAGCCGCAGGAAAGCCCACAGACUUCACCAUUCAUGGCCUCUGGCCGGUUUUCAACAAUGUUACCUUUCCAGAAGACUGCAAUCCUAAUAGCCACUACAAUGAGACCAAGAUCUCAGAUUUAAUCAGCGAAAUGCAAAAGACUUGGCCGAAUUUCAAUUGUGGAAAGAAAAGUACCACGACCAAGUUUUGGACGCAUGAAUGGACAAAACAUGGAACCUGUGCAUUGCCUGUACUUGACCAGCAUGGUUACUUUGCAGCAGCUCUUAGUAUCAAGGACAAAGUCAAUAUCCUUCAAAUACUAAAGAAUGCAGGGAUUCAACCAGAUGGGAAGCUUUACAAGUUAGAUGACAUUAAAGAAGCUAUAAAAGCAGGAACAGGUUACAUUCCAGUAAUUGAAUGCAAUACUAAUGCCUCAGGCAAUAUCCAGCUCUACCAGGUUUAUCUUUGUGUGGAUGCUGCUGGUUCAGAUCUCAUUGAGUGUCCGGUGACUCUUAAGAGAGCAUGCAAUACCUCCAUAGAAUUUCCUAUCAUUUAGGGACCCUAAUGGAGAUUAGAUUAAUAAUCUUUUUUUGCUUUCCACCUCUUGGUGGGGAAUAUCAUGUCUAAUAAUUGGAGUAGAAUAAGUGGGGUUCUAAACACGCAUUUGCUGACUCAUGAUGAACUUGUACUCUUACUACAAAUCAAGCUCAGUGAAUGCAUUAUUGUCAUGCAGUGACAGCUAUUUUUGUCUUAUAACAAAAGACAUGUCCA